GGGUUUAGGUGGACAGCUCUAUGUUUCAAGCACAGAAAGAGAAUGGCCAAGAUAUUGUGCAUUUUGUCUGCAAUAGUUUUUGUCGUGAAAACUGACGAUGUCAGCGAAUUUAAUGCAACUAUCACAGCCGUUAACAUGACAUUGAACUCUACUGUUAACAGAACGAUAGCUUUUAAGACGCCUGUGUUCUCAUUAUUUUCCACCACCACCACCACAGCCAAUAAACCAGUUUUGGGAAAGAAAAAUAUGCGAAAGAAAAAUGCAGAUGACAAGCGCAUCGAUCAAGACGAGGAUGGAAAACAUGAAACCAAGAAUGGCACAGCAGACGCAAAGAAAGAACCGGACUGUCCCCCGCUGGGUCUGAAGUCACUGAGGGUUGAUGACAGCCAGUUCCAGGCUUCAUCCUACCUGCGGAUGGGACUUGGCCCUCACAGGGCAAGACUCAAUAUACAGUCAGGUAUCGAGGACGGAGACAUGUAUGAUGGCGCGUGGUGUGCUAAGUAUGAGGACCAACACCAGUGGCUGCAGGUGGAUGCUCUGCGCCCCACACUGUUCACAGGAGUCAUCCUGCAGGGACGCAACUCCAUCUGGAGCUGGGACUGGGUUGAAACCUACAAAGUGCAGCUGAGUAACGACUCCGAGACCUGGAAGACCUGCAUGAACGGAACAGAGGAGGCGGUGUUUGUUGGAUCCCGAAAUGAACCUGAGACACCCUAUCUGGCCCUCUUCCCUCAGCCCGCGGUGGCUCGUUGGAUCCGCAUCAACCCCCAGACCUGGUACUGGAAUGGGACAAUCUGUCUCAGAGCAGAGGUACUGGGAUGCCCCCUCCCAGAUCCGGACAACGUUUGGCAACACUUCUCUGAAAAACUGUCUGGCUCUAAAGAUAACCUGGACUUCAGACACCACAACUACAAGGAGAUGAGGAAGCUGAUGAAGGCUGUGAAUGAAGAAUGCCCUCGUAUCACUCGUAUCUACACCAUUGGAAAGAGCUACACCGGACUGAAGCUGUACGUCAUGGAGAUCUCUGAUAACCCCGGAAAACAUGAACUAGGUGAGCCAGAGUUCCGCUAUGUGGCAGGUAUGCAUGGCAACGAGGUGGUUGGCAGAGAGCUGGUGCUGAACCUCAUGCAGUACAUCUGUCGGGAGUUUAGACGAGGCAACCCACGCAUCGUCCGUCUGGUGACCACCACACGUAUCCACCUACUGCCGUCUAUGAACCCUGAUGGAUAUGAAACAGCCUUUGAAAAGGGGUCAGAGCUGGCAGGUUGGGCUCUGGGGCGCUACAGCUACGAGUGGGUCGAUAUGAACCACAACUUCCCCGACCUGAACAAUAUCAUGUGGGACGCCAAGGAGAAUGACACAGACAUGGUUAAAACAGCCAACCACUACAUCCCCAUACCAGAGUACUACACUAAAGAGGAUGCCUUCGUGACCCCAGAGACACGUGCGGUCAUCAGCUGGAUGCAGGACAUCCCCUUUGUCCUGAGUGCCAACCUCCACGGGGGAGAACUGGUGGUUACCUACCCCUUCGACUGCACCCGGGACUGGGCCCCUCAGGAAAACACCCCUACAGCAGACGAUAGUUUCUUCCGCUGGCUGGCCACGGUCUACGCCUCCACCAACCUGGUCAUGGCCAACCCUGAUAGGAGGAUCUGCCACUCUGAAGACUUCCAACAGCACAACAACAUCAUUAACGGAGGAGCCUGGCACACCGUCCCUGGGAGUAUGAAUGACUUCAGCUACAUGCACACUAACUGCUUCGAGGUGACGGUGGAGCUGUCGUGUGACAAGUUUCCUCACGCCAGCGAGCUUCCUACAGAGUGGGAGAACAACAAGGAGUCUCUGCUUGUCUACAUGGAGCAGGUUCACAGAGGCAUCAAGGGAGUGGUGAGAGACAAGAUGACGAAGAAAGGCAUUGCAGACGCCAUUGUGAAAGUGGAAGACCUGGACCACGACAUACGAUCAGCGGCUGAUGGGGACUACUGGCGUCUGUUGAACCCCGGGGAAUACAAAGUGACUGUGUGGGCGGAGGGAUACUUUCCCUCCAUGAGGCGGUGCAACGUCGGGACCGAAGCACGCCCCACCAUCUGUGACUUCAUCUUGAUCAAGACUCCACGGCAGAGGAUGAACGAGAUCCUAGCUAAAGGAGGGAGGUUACCCCAGGAUCUACAACUGAAGCUGAGAGCACUGAGGCUCCGGAAACUAAGAGCCUCCACCAAGGCCAUCAAUCAGCGGAGGAAGCACAGCCGCAAGGCCAGGGGAACACGGUUCGCUAGGGCACCACGCCCUCUCACACCCCUGGCCUGAGAGACAGCGUCUCUAAUGACACCCUAUUCCCCACAUGGCUCUGGUCAAAAGAAGAGCACUAUAAAGGGAAUAGGGUGCCAUAGGGAUAGGGUUCCAUAGGGCUCUCUGGUCUAAAGUAGUGCACUAUAUAGAGAAUAGGGUGCCAUAGGGCUCUGGUCUAAAGUAGUGCACUAUAUAGGGAAUAGGGUGCCAUAGGGCUCUGGUCUAAAGUAGUGCACUAUAUAGGGAAUAGGGUUCCAUAGGGCUCUGGUCUAAAGUAGUGCACUAUAUAGAGAAUAGGGUGCCAUUUGGGACUCAACUUGAGGCUUUGAAACGACCGGGGUGUUUAAGAUGGACUACAUUGUAGUCAGCGACUACAGACAGACUGAAAUACAAAACGUCAAUGAGAAGUAAUUUCUAGAUUUGUAAAUCCGACUGCAAUGUAGUCGAUCUGAAACAAGACACAGCGGCUUCAACACAAGAAUGUAUUCCCAGUGAAUGUUAUGAUUUCAGAUUUGAAUAGCAGAGUAGUACAGGGAGAUUGUAUGUGCUCUAACUAGCUUGUUGGGACAGUGGUCAACAGUGGUCAGUUGUUUGUUAAAAAGGUAGAGAGAUAAUGUAGUUGCGGCUGUAUCUUUACAUUGGUAGGAAUAUUUCAUACCUUCUAACUAGUUGUUUGGCUUGUUGGGAAAGUGGUCAACAGUAGCUAGUUUUCCAUCCAAUUGGCGACAGAUUUUCAUGCAAAUAUAUAUAUUUUUAAUCUGCAUAAAGAAAAUCUGCAUAUUUUCCCACCAGUGGUGUUUCCACCAAACUGGAUUUGUUGCGGAUAAAACAUCAGUCCGUGAUGACGUAGUGCGCACAAAGAGUACUUUUUCCACUUAAAGGUUUUCACGUUACCGAAUUAAAAAUCUAAAGUUCAUUGUUUUUUCCAUCGCAUUUUCAACUCGUAUCGAUAGUUUGUUGCGCUGAAUAGCACACGUGCGUACUCUAGCCAACAGCUCGGGUAAAGCCAUCUACGUGAUCAGAUUAUUAUGGAUCAGAGAGAGGAUAUGUUUGUUGUUGUCGACCCGGCAGUCAAGCAUCGAUCAUCAUGUCACCAGACUAAGGAACGUCCAGCUCACAGCAUCCAUUCACCACCCUGUGAUGUUAACUCCGUUCAUCUGUAGCCUAAUAAACUACAUGGUUUCCCCGGGUCGUAGUGAGAGGACCACACGUCAAUAUCAUCUCGUGACUCGCAACUUUACUUUGAUACGGUUCGAUAGAAAUUAUAUCAAUAUUUGCACAUAAAAUACGCCAUUUCUCGCAUAAUUAAAAUUUUCCCGACAAAAAAAAAGAAAAGAUGUUUGAACGAAACAAAUUGUCUCUCGACAUUUAUAAAAGUGUACUGAAACGACCUGUUUCCAUCACAGUUGCAAUUUGUCCAUUUUUUGUUUUUAGACGGUAUGACUUUACUGAAAUAGACACUGUGAAUGGAAACGUGGUUAAUGACAAUAGGAGUCUGCAAGACGGCACAAAUAGAUCUGGGACCAGACGUGUGAAUAUUCAGUUUAGUUUAUCCUCGCCACUGGUCUUUAGUACAGCUGUUUUUACACUAACUAUGAACAAUAUAGAAGAAGACCUUUUAUGAUGACGAGGGGAGGCCACGGCAGUAUCAGCUGGCCUGAUACGUUGUAUAUCAUUGUGUGUUUUGACUAUUUCAUUAAAGGACAAUUUGGGUA